CACAAAGAUGUAAAACAAAAAUUAAAAUCUUUAAUAAUAUGUUCAUCAUAUAGGAAAUUCAGUAUAAUUGCAAAAUCAGUUUCCGAAUGAGUAAAAAGCGCCUUGUAUACUUCAGUCUUUAAAAAUGACGGGACGUGCUGAUAGAGUAUAUCCUGAUGUAGAGAACGAAGGAUUCAGAUGGAUAGAAUCAGUGGACUCGAUACGAAUGGACGAUUCAGAAAAUUUAGAUGACAAUUUAGACUCUGAUAACGAGGAAGAUGAACCUGACAGCAUUUCGGACGAAGAUUCUGGUGGAGUCCAUCAGUUCCCAUCGGAAAGACCGAGACAAGAAAUUUGGCCCACCGAAGAAAUACGAGAAACAUUACAGAAUCUUCCGUAUUACGAAGAAAUUUCUAUGCUUCUACAAGCUGGUAAAACAGAUCUAAUAUCGAGACAUCAGGCGGCCUGGACCACAGGACUGUUGUUGGCUGCCUGGACAGGAAAUCACGCUCUGGUCAAACAAUUAUUAGAAGAUGGUGCAAAUGUACAUACAACUGACCCGGAAGGACGAACACCAUUGCACCUGGCGUGUUGCAUCGGUGACGAGCGCAGCGCCGAGUACCUUUUGGAUCGCGGUGCGCGCCUUGAGCAAUGGGACAAGGGUCGUCGUGCAACAGCACUUCACUGCGCCGCAUCCGCCGCCUCAAGACCGUGCGUCAUGUUGCUUUUGAACCGCGGAGCGGAUGUGAAUGCUGGUUUGCAGCAAGCACGGAGUCCCUUACAUUACGCUGUACUGAGCGGAGCAGUGCCUUGUGUAAGAGAGCUUUUACGCCAGGGAGCUUGCCCGGAUACGCCUCAAGUAUUCACCGAAACACCACUACAUGUAGCGGCGGCCCUGGGUUCAGAAGACUGCAUUCGGUUAUUACUUGAACAUGGCGCAGAUUUUCGAUCCCAUUGGGGUCCCCGAAAAAUGACUGCAUUACAUCUAGCUUCAGAAGAUGGAAAUGCAAUUUGUGCGCGACUUCUCACACAAGCUGGCGCUUCUGUCGAUGCCAGGAAUCAUAGAAAACAAACUUCUUUACAUUUAGCGGCGCUUGCUCAAUCACCUGAAACAUUGGAAGUUUUAUUGGAAUGUGGCGGUGAUCCGAAUGCGACUGACGCUGAUGGUCGCACUCCACUGCAUGGAGCUAUAGUCAAAGAAUCCAGAUCGUGCGAAUGUGCACGGUUACUUCUCGACAACGGUGCAUUAGUAAACCGUGCAGACAAUUUUGGUUAUACGCCGUUGCACAUAGCGGCUCUAAAUGAAUUCUCAUCUUGCGUAUACAUGCUAAUAGGAUAUGGUGCAGAUGUGACAGCCAGAACAGAUGGUGGUGUGACUGCUUUAUCGUUUAUUUUGCGCCGUACGCCGGAUGUUGUGCCACGUUAUUUAAGCAAAUUCGAUCAUGCGAUAAAAUUGAAUGACCACGAAAUCGGAGACGCCGAUUGCGAACUUAAGCUAGACUUCCGCAUCCUUGUGCCAAGCACGGAUCGAGGCGAAACAGAACUACUGAGAGCUUUCAUCGAGGUUGGACGCAAAGAUGUUCUUAAACAUCCAUUGUGCGAAACUUUCCUAUUUCUCAAGUGGAGAAGAAUUAGAAAAUUUUUCUUAUUGAGUUUAUUAUUCCACGCAGUAUUCGUGAUACAUUUUAGUUGGUACAUCAUAGCUGUCUUUUUGAUUGAUUGUACUACAAAAAGCGAUGAGCAAAUAUGCCAAAUGACUCCUCGAUACGCAAAACCGCUAGGUUUUUGGGUAUUGACACUUAACUGCAUGCUGCUGGCCAAAGAAUUAUUUCAAAUUUCCCAAGGGUGGAUAGGAUAUAGCCGACAAUGGGAAAAUUGGUUGCAGUGGAUUAUUAUUAUCACUGUCUUUCUUUGCGUGACACCACAGUACUACAUUUUAGGCAAAUGGACAUGGCAGCAUCAUGUUGCGGCGUUAGCAAUACUUUUCACCUGGUUAGAACUAAUGAUGUUAGUCGGAAGAUUUCCAAUAUUCGGACUAUAUGUUCAAAUGUUUACUACCGUGGCAGUAAAUUUUUCGAAGUUUUUGAUGGCCUAUUGCUUUUUAAUUGUAGCUUUUGCACUGAGCUUUGGCGUGCUUUUUGCUGAAGUACCAUCAUUUAGCACAAUUCCCUUGGCUUUACUUAAGGCUGUUGUGAUGAUGUCCGGGGAAUUAGAAUUUGAUGACAUAUUUCAUGCUGAAGAAUAUCCUGUAAGAUAUCCUAUAACUGCACAUAUCAUAUUUUGUGCAUUUAUUGUGCUAGUCACUGUUAUUCUUACCAAUUUACUGGUUGGUCUCGCUGUGAGUGAUAUUCAGGGUUUGCAGCAAAGCGCAGGGUUAGACAGAUUAUCGCGCCAAGCAGAAUUGGUAGGACGACUUGAGAGCAUACUGUUUUCAAAGUUAUUGAGAAGAUUGCCCACAAGAAUUGUUCUCAUAUGCCAUAGGAGUGCUAUGUUACUCACAUCUACUGGGCAAUGGGCACUUUAUAUUAGACCAAAUGACCCACGGGAAAUGAGAAUUCCUAGAGAACUCAUCACAUCUAUAUACCAGUUAAUAGUAGAACGAAAAGAUCUACAACAAAAUAAACGCAAGAGGGCCACCAUAUCUAAACCGCCUGAAAAUUGUAUUGGCUUCAAAAAACACAGUUAUACAAAUAUUUCAAAGCCUGACAGCUAUUCAAGUCUUGUUACUCAAACUAUAAAAUCAGUUCCUCAAGUUUACAAUACAAAUAAAGUUAGCAAUCAUCAGAGGGGAUAUAGAAUGCGUACCUACUCUGAAAUACCUUCUAAAGAUCAUAAUGGAAGGGAACUUGCCUUAAUAAAUGAAAAUAUUAGAGAAAUGAAAUUACAUCUUACUGAUUUAUGCCAAAGAAUUGAUAAUUUAAAUCAAACAAUAGCAGAAAAUGCGAACAAUAUAAGAACAGAUAGGAAUGGCAAAGUUUAUGCAAAUUAG